AAUGCCCAGCACACAUGGUGAAACGCAACUGCAACGAAACUGCAACUACUAGUUACUUUUGAGUUUCAUUUGAGUUUAUGCCAUAGAUACCUUUGAGAGACAACACACGUCGCAACUAGUUUGAAACCGGUUUGAAACGCGUUGCAGAUCAGUUGCUUUGAAACCAGCGUGCAGGAAACUCGUGUCGGAUUUGGUUCUGUCUGGUCUCAAAAUCGGAAUGAUUGUGACUAAUUUCAUCAUAUUUAGGUUGCGGCGUGUGUGGAAAACGUUUGAAACUGGUUUCUAACCUAUAAUUUCAAAAGGGUUUCGUUGCAGUUGUGUUUCACCAUGUGUGCCUUAAGUUCAUUAUAAAUUUUAGGGAAUCGAUUUACAAUACGCAGUCUUUACAAUUAUUGAACCUAGUAACUGAAAACGUAACAGAAGAGUUUGUUAUGAUAUUAAAAAAUAAUGUGUUCUCGGAAUUGUAUCAGCUACGUUUGAAACCACACUCCGAGAUAUCACAAUGGGCGUCCGUAAUAUUAUAUUCAUACGAAAAAGCUUUAGGUAAAUACAAGUAUAAACUUAAAUGGGAGAAUGAAUCAACAAGGAAUGAAACAAAGAAUAACUGUACAUAUAUUCAUACUUUAAAUGAUGGACAAGAAAGCGAUGACACUGAUGAACUGUUAAAAAAUGUGUUCAGAGAAGUUGCAAAUUAUAAUUAUUAUGAAAGGCGAAAUAAAAAUAUACGAAAUUCCAAUAAGAUAAAAGGCCCGCAAGCAUUUUUCUCAAACGCAGAUAGAAUAAUGAAACCGAAAUCAAGAACUAUAGAUCUUUCAUUUUCCUCUCUUGUAAAAUCACCUGUGCUCGAAAAUUCAUUUUUUCCUUAUAAAAACCACGAUAGUCUAAUAAAUAAUUCGUCACCUACCGACAAUACUUAUGAACACACUGAUUCAAUAAUGAAUAUAGGUAAUAAUUUUCAUCCCAUAUCCACUUCCACGCCCAAAAAAGAUCGAAAAACAAUAACAAAAUAUGAAAAUAGAAAAAUUAGUAAGCGUCCUAAAAAAUAUCAAAUUCCAAAGAAAAUCGAUCGUUCGCUUGGCACAAAAUUUCUCGACGUUGUCAAUAGUUCCUGCACUACAAUUAUAAAAAGCAUAAAAAGCGUGUUCACACGAAACACCUCAAAGAAGGAAAAUGCAAAUGAAAAAUGCGGGAGUUUCACGGAAUAUAUGAGAGUUAGGGACCAAUAUUUGGGCGAUAUAAAUAAAAGUUCGCCAGGUGUAAAAUCUUGUAGAACGUGCAAUGAUACACUACUACUCCAAGAAAAAUUUCAAUCUGAUGAUUGCUUGAAAGUAACCGUGAAGAAACUCAAACAUGGCAUUAAUAUGUUCGGCUGUGAUUUUAAGGUAUACUAUACUAUGUGUGUGUAUAUUACGUGUAUUAUAAAUUGGCAAGCGACUAUUUGUAAUGUACACUCAUGA